AUGUCAGAAAACUCUAGUGACAGUGAAUCAUCAUGCGGGUGGACAAUUAUCAACCAUGAGGGUUCAGAUAUAGAGACACUGCACUCAGAAACUGGAGAAAUUGGCUGUCCUUCAGAACACAGGAGGACAUUUGUCCAAGAUUCGAAGCCAGAUUCUCCAGCAGAGGCACCUGAUCCGGGUAUCAAUGAGGAUUCCUCUUCUGCUGUAGAGAAUUUACAGUGUGCUACAGAAGAACAUUUCCUGGCUCCUGAGGGUUUGUCAUCUGCGGGUGUAGUGUCUGAUAACUCACCUAAAAGUACAGAAUGUGACAAUAAGGAAGGUAUGUCAGUAGAUGAAGGUCACUGCGAGGCCGUCAGUGAUGACUCUGACAUUGUCACCUUGGAUCCUCCCAAGGCUGAUGAAGCUGGAACUCAAGGAGAAGAAGAAGAGGAAAUUCCAGAGGAUGGCACUGAAAGCAAUGACCUUAACAUGAGCUUUUCUUCAAGCAGUCAGUACACAUUCAGUCAGCCAGAAACUGUGUAUCCUUCCCAGCACAGUGAAGAUGAGUCCAGCAAUGAUGAAGCAAGUGAUGAUUCUGGACCCAUCUUGCGACGGCGACGUUCUAAAAGAUCAACUGCCUCUAUGUCAGAGUCUGAGAACAAGCUUACUCCUGACCAUGCAGUGCUUCCUGAGCCAAGAACACCAGCAAAAACAGGGAACAACCUGAACAAGUGCAUUAUUCUUGCUCUGGUCAUAGCUAUAAGCAUGGGGUUUGGACAUUUCUAUGGUACUGUUCAAAUAAUGGAACGUCAAAAAUAUGUGGAAAAAAUACAUGAAAAUGAGCUAAAUGACAUGAAGGAUGACCUGGUUCAGUGUCAAAAGGAUCAAGAAUCCACAUUAGACCAGAAAGAGGUUGUGGAGCAGCUUACAGAAGAUCUAGAGGACAGACAAGAUCUGGUUCUAUCUCUUGAGGGACUAAUGGAUAAAAUUGCCAAAGAAAAUCAUAAGCUCAAACAAAAACACACCGAGUUAAAGUUAGAGGCGGAUGACCUGGCAACUAGCUUAAAAACAACAGAAGUACAAAAUGGAAAUCUUGCUUUGGAAAACCAGCACCUUAGGGAGUCUUUAGAAAAAGAAGAACAAGCUUUAUCUUCUCUUAAAGAGGAACUAAGGAAAUUGAGGGAACAAAUAAGAAACCUAGAAGAAAAAGGAAGGCAUGAGACAAUACAGUCAGAAAACCAUAAGCUGAAAGAACAUUUAAAAGAGGAACGGCAAAAGAUCCGCAGUUUUCGUACACAAAAGGAAGCAUUGCUAACCGAAGCCCAGUUUCUCAGGAAAGAACUUGACAACGAGAGGCAAAUUACAGACUCUCUGAAGGUGGAACUUGAAGAGAUAAGUAAUAGGAGAGCCUCUGGUGUCACUUAUGAUUCUAUUAAGAGUAAUGAAGAAAUUGAACAUUUGAAGAACCGUCUUUCCGAGUUAGAAAAGAAACUAAAUUUUGAGCAGCAGAGGUCAGAUUUGUGGGAACGGCUUUACAUUGAAGCCAAAGAAGAAAGUGAAAAAAAGAUGGCAAAAAUCCACAUGCUCAUCAGGAGCAAGACAAUUCUAAUGAAGGUAAAUCAAGCAAACAAAAAAAGAAAGGUAAAUCUACAUUUUUCAACUCCGUUAAAGACACUUUUGAUGCAAUGAAAAAUUCAACCAAAGAAUUUGUGAGACAUCAUAAGGAAAAAAUCAAACAAGCAAAAGAAGCAGUGAAGGAGAAUUUGAAGAAAUUCUCAGAUUCAGUGAAAACAACAUUCCGACACUUUAAAGACUCCACCAGAAGUAUGUUUGACAAAAACCGCUAUAGAAAACAUGCAGAAAGAAGGAGGGAGGAAUCUAAAGAAGCACAUACUGUACGCCGAGAGUUUAAGCCUGACUUUGAGAAGAACUAUCCCAACAAAGCAACAGCCACUGAGCACAAAUACAAAAACUCACACAACACUCAUAAACUGAGGACUUUAAAGAUGCAGCAACCCAGCCAUUAAAUGAUGAUGAAACAACCAAAAGCCACCAGCAAAAGGGUUGUUCUGAUGUUUAUGAAUGUGCUCACCAAGAAUCAAUUAGUCUCUUCAACAAGGUGCUGGACCCUGUGACAGUAGAAGAAUUUCACGAUUUGAUGCAAGUAUAUUUACAAGAGCAAGUGGAUAAUUUCCGACACUGGAAAGAACUAGAGCAAUUCAUUAGUAAAUUUUUUCACAAUGGUGUUUUUAUUCAUGAUCAGAUGCUUUUUACUGAUUUUGUGAACAACGUUGAAGAUUACCUGGAGGACAUGAAGGAAUAUCAGACUAACACUGGAGGAGUCUUUGAAGACCUUGAUGAAUUUGUUUACAGACACUUCUUUGGGAGUGCUUAUUCCAUUCCAUAUGGACCAAGGAAACCUGAAAAAAUACCUGCUUAUAAAGAAAGAAAACAGGAACAGAAGAAUCAAGCACGAUAUAAAAGGGAAGGUAAAUGGCAUAAGCAUGGGCGUGCCAAUGGAAGACACAUGGCGAAUGUUGAAAUAGAAUUAGGGCAGUUGCCCUUUGAUCCAAAAUAUUGA